GGGGCAAUAUAGCUAACUCUACUUAUAUACUGUAGACAGUAGAUAGCUAACCUUACCUAGCUACAUCUGCUUGAUCGGCACCGAAAGCUACUGAUAGAAAUCAGACAUACAUUGAGGACUCUCACAUGGAGUGGAAAAAACGUAUCAGUCCACAAAAAGAUGCAAUUGCGCACAUUCUGCAGGCAGUAGAUAAGCCUGGCUUGGAAAUAAAAUUUAUUGAUUCUUUUAAAGGACGAGGGAUUUUUAGCUCCACCAAUUUUCAGUGUGGUGAGUUUGUGCUGGAAUACCGGGGUCAGCUACUAUCACCCACAGAAUACAGAAAGGCAUUAGAUGUGUACGAUGAGGACCAGAGGAUCUUCCUCUUUGAAUUUUAUUUUAAUGGAAAGCUGUGUUGGAUGGAUGCGAUGUUCUUACAGCUGGGACAUGUGAGCCUCGUGGUACUUCUACCAAACUCCUGCCCUGCACCAGUGCUGCCACGACUGUCACGCGGCCAAAUUACUACAGUGAGGAUGGAUGCGAUGUUCUUACAGCUGGGACAUGUGAGCCUCGUGAUUGUAAAAUACAUUCAGUGGAAAAAGAGUUAUUGUCCAGUUUGGAGAAAUGUCAAAUCUGCAAAGGACCGUUUUCCACUCUGAAGUGGCAUGGUGUCAGAUGUAAAGUUUGCUUCACUGUAUGGCAUGGAAGGUGCUUUGACAGACUAAAGACAUGUAAUGCUUCUGAAGACAGUGGGGAGAGUGAAAGUGAAAAAUCAUCUGGUGAAGAAUAUGUUCCAAAUUCUGAGAGUGACACAGAGUCUGUAACAUCAAGUCCAAAUGAAGCAAGUGCAGUGACAGCCAAAGCAAGCACUGAAUGCUCUGCAACACAAAACUGUAAUGCCUUGCACUAUACUACAGUAAUGGGCAAUGAGCCUUCCAACGACAAAAAACAAUCUUCCAGUUGUCCAGCAAAAUCAGCCACAUUAGCAAAACCAGAACGCAAUUAUUGCUUUGUUUGUGGUGAGGCACAAACAAAAAUAGCGAGGCAUUUUAAAAUGCAUAUAAAAGAAGAUGUGGAAAUAGCAAGAGCUCUAAGCCUUCCCACAAACUCAAAAGAGAGGAAACAUCUGCUGGAGGCUUUAAGGAACAAAGGCAACUUUUCUCAUAAUAAUGAUGUCCUAAGAAAAGGAGAAGGUAGUCUGAAAGUAAAGAGGCGGGCAUUUCAUUGUGCUGACUCCAAAAAGUAUGAGUACUGCGUGCACUGCAAGGGUAUGUUUUUACGUCAGGAGCUUUGGAGGCAUAUGCGGAGAUGUAGGUCUAAACCAGCAACUUCACCAUCUACUUCACCUUCUGUAGGGCGGAAAAGAGUCCUGACAAUUGCAACAACUGCAACAUCAAUUCUGUCAGGAACAACAAGUGCUGAGCUCCUGAAAUUGAUGAGUAACAUGAUUGAUGAUAAUAUUGCACAGAACGUGAGAAAUGAUCCUGGCCUCUUGCAGUUCGCACAGUCUCUUUUUAAUAGGCACGGACAUGACAAGACAAAACAUGAAUAUAUUCGUCAGAAGCUUCGGGAACUUGGACGAUUUUUAGCAACUCUACGCAAAAAAAAUCCAUCUGCGACAAUGGAAGAUGCCAUGAAGCCUGAAAAUUUCAUCGAUGUCACUGAAGCAGUGAGGGAGACAGCAGGCUUCGACCAAGCAGAAAACACUUUCAGAACUCCAAGCUUGGCAUUAAAAAUUGGUCACUCUCUCCUGAAAAUCAGUGAACUAUUCCAGUGUCAAGCCCUAAUUUCUGGGGAUGCAGAGCUAGGCAAAUGUGCAGAUGCAUUCCAAAAGCUGUACAAGACAAAAUGGGCAGAAUGCAUCUCGCACUCUGCACUGGGGACCCUCAGUAGUUUAAAGUACAAUAAACCAAACAAGCUCCCACUCACACAGGACAUAAAAAAACCUGAACACCCAUCUCCAGCACAUUUCACAGUCUGCUUACAUGGCACUAAGCAACGAGGCAUCUGAGCUGAAUUAUUCCAAGCUUUCCAAAUCCACAUUAACUGAAGUCAUCCUUUUCAACUGAAGACGUGUUGGGGAGGUGUCAAAGAUGCCUUUGAAAAAUUUUCUUGAAAGAGAUGACACAUAUGCACACGAAGAGCUGGGGCUUUCCAUGUAUGAAAAAAAACUCUGCAAGCACUUCACAAGAGUUGAAGUAAGAGGUAAACGAGGGCGAAAAGUUGCUGUCCUUCUCACUCCAGAGAUGAUGAGAAACAUUGACCUCCUCAUCCGUAAUCGCAAGCAAUGCCAUGUGCCACAGGACAAUGGGUAUCUAUUUGCAAUUCCAAAAUGCCUAAGUUAUUUCAGAGGACAUGACUUAAAACGUUUACAGAAGAAUGUGGAGCGAAACAGCCAGAAUAUCUGCGAUCAACACAACUACGAAAACAAGUGGCCACUACAUCACAGAUUUUAAAUCUAAAAAAUCAUGAAAUCAACCAGCUGGCAGACUUCCUGGGCCAUGACAUUGCACUGCAUAGAGAAUAUUACAGGCUACCUGAUUCCACAAUUCAAGUGGCCAAUAUUUCGAAGAUUCUCUUGGCUCUAGAGAAGGGGAAGUUGCCAGAACUGAGAGGAAAAUCCCUCGAUGAAAUUGCAGAAACGGAGGAAGAUGAAAAUGACAGUGAUGACAUUGAAGACACCGUUCCAGAGACUCACCUGGAGGACACUGCUGAAAGUAAUGGUGGAAACAUUGGUGCAGGCAGCAGUGUGGCUUCUUCUGGAAAUACUGCGCAAAGAGGAAGAAAGACGGCUUAUGUGAAGCAACCAUGGAGCAGUCUGGAAACUAAGGCUGUCAUGAAGCACUUUGGGCAGCACAUAAAGAAAGGAAAGUUAGCUGCCUUGACAGAGUGCGAAGCAUGCAAAGAAGCAGAAAACCCCAUUCUGGAGAAACGGACAUUACAAAAUAUUAGAGACUUUGUGCGAAACAGGGGAAUAUCUCACAAGCGCCUUUUACUUUCAGUAGAUAGAUAAGUAAAGGUGUACUGCUGUAUGAAUCAGUUCUGUGAGGUGUACUGCUGUAUGAAUCAGUUCUGAAGGGUGUACUGCUGUAUGAAUCAGUUCUGUGAGGUGUACUGCUGUAUGAAUCAGUUCUGUGAGGUGUACUGCUGUAUGAAUCAGUUCUGUGAGGGGUACUGCUGUAUGAAUCAGUUCUGUGAGGGGUACUGCUGUAUGAAUCAGUUCUGAAGGGUGUACUGCUGUAUGAAUCAGUUCUGUAGGGUGUACUGCUGUAUGAAUCAGUUCUGUAGGGUGUACUGCUGUAUGAAUCAGUUCUGUAGGGUGUACUGCUGUAUGAAUCAGUUCUGUGAGGGGUACUGCUGUAUGAAUCAGUUCUGUGAGGGGUACUGCUGUAUGAAUCAGUUCUGUGAGGGGUACUGCUGUAUGAAUCAGUUCUGUGAGGGGUACUGCUGUAUGAAUCAGUUCUGUGAGGGGUACUGCUGUAUGAAUCAGUUCUGUGAGGGGUACUGCUGUAUGAAUCAGUUCUGUGAGGGGUACUGCUGUAUGAAUCAGUUCUGUGAGGGGUACUGCUGUAUGAAUCAGUUCUGUGAGGGGUACUGCUGUAUGAAUCAGUUCUGUGAGGGGUACUGCUGUAUGAAUCAGUUCUGUGAGGGGUACUGCUGUAUGAAUCAGUUCUGUGAGGGGUACUGCUGUAUGAAUCAGUUCUGUGAGGGGUACUGCUGUAUGAAUCAGUUCUGUGAGGGGUACUGCUGUAUGAACCAUACACCAGUACGCCCUACAAAACAGUGGUUCAUACACCAGUAUGCCAAACAGAACAGUGGUUCAUACACCAGUCCACCUCACCAAACAGUAGUUUAUCCAGUACUAUCCAGUACACCAGAGUUCGAAGCAUGCAAAGAAGCAGAAAAUCCCAUUCUGGAGAAAUGGACAUUACAAAAUAUUAGAGAGUUUGUGCGAAAUGGGAAUAUCUUAGAACUGCCUUUUAAGUGUGGGGGGGG